GUUCUGUGUUGCUUUUACUUCCGGUGUGGUGUCCGAGGAGAAGAAGGCGGACAUUCGGAGCUGCUCCAGCUGAAUUUUAAGCCACCAUGACCAACCGGGGCACCCCGAGCCGCUUCUUGGCCAGCGUCUUGAGGAACGGGUUAGGCCGCUACGUGUGUCAGCUCCAGCGCCUCACCUUGACUGUUAGCCGGGACGCGCAGAGCUCGCGAGGCGUCAGAGAAUACAUUGAAGAAAAGGUGGUGGACUUUGCCAGGCAAAACCCUGAGAUUGUGUUCUAUGUGACCCCAAAGAAGUGCAAGGUUCCCACUUUGGUUGCUGAAUACAUGAAUGGAUCCAUAAAGGAAGAACGCUUAAACAGCAAGACGGCAGAUGAGAUUGCAGCUAUCGUCCACAAGCUGGCCAGCCAGUCUGGCCUAGAGAUCAUCCACAUCCGAAAGCCUUUCCAUACAGAUAACCCCAGUAUCCAGGGCCAGUGGCACCCAUUCACAAAUAAGCCCAGCAAGCUCAACGUGCAAGAUGUGGGUCAGCAGCAUUUCCAGUAUUUAGAAAAAUAACCUAGACUGAUGCAAAAAGCAUGUGGCUUUCCUGAGUGUGGGGAUUCCCUGCAUCCAAGCCAAAAUCAUUCAUCUGCAGGGAGAAUAUAAUCUUCCCUAGAAAAAUGGGCACUGAAGGGAUAGGAGUAGCAUCUGUUAACAUGUGACAGUCUUGCUACCUGGUAGUUGUUUUUUUAGACUAGACUAAUUUUGAGCAAGUUGUAGAACAGAAUGGGACUGGUUUCUCCAAAAGUGAGCAGCAGAGACUUUAGAGGCAAGUGUUCUCUACACAGCCAGCUACUCGUGCUUGUAGAUUUCCUUAUCCAUGAUUUCUGAUGACUGCUUCCCUUUGUAAAUGCUACUUACUAGAGUUGGAAAUAAAUGGGAGUGGAACCACCUAGAA